GCCAUAGCCCCGCCCACACACGGGGGAGCGGAUUACGCCAGAAUGAGUGCUUGCAGUCGCGUCUGUCUCCAGAGCAACAACUAUUUAACAAAAGAUUAUCACACUUAAUGCUUCCUUUGCAAGGUUCCAACUCUUUUGUGUUUUAUUUAGGUAAACUUUAAACUGAUGUGUGACAAUUGUCAGGUCCACGCGUCCGACGGGAGCAACUUCAAAUGUACUUUGAAAUAACGACGACGUCAUGUCAACACCUGAGGGGGAAAACGGUUUAAUCAAGACUUUCUGACGUAUUCAUGUCGUCCUGUAUAGAGGGUUCCCCGGCCAGUGUGGGAUGCUAAGAAACUGGUGGUGGGUUGAGGCUAAAGGAGCAUGGUGAAACACCAACCCUUACAGGUCUAUGAGAAGCAAGUGCUGAUUUCCUUUGUCACUGGCAUUUAUGGUUGUCGUUGGAAACGCUACCAGCGCUCCCAAGACGACAGCUCAAGGUGGGAGUGUUCCUGGUUUCUCAUCUUGUGUAGCUCCUUUCUCCUGCUUCUUUUUUGGGUUUACUUCUGGUUGGUGGCUCGAAAUGAUUUUGACGAGUUCAACUGGUCAGUGUACAACCGCUCGGGUGAAUGGAGGGAUGAGACCAUUCCCAUUCUGACAAUCACCACUGUGGGAUUCAGCUAUGUUUUUGUCUUGAUGAUCUUGGCAUUCUUCCACAUAUCCUUGGGACAACAACUUAAUCUCUACUGGCUCCACAAGAUCGGCGUGCUGGCAACGCUCCUUACUACUAUCUCUGGUGUUGUGUGUGUUGAUGACAUCUGGGUAGAUGAGUGGGACGUCCUGCUCGUGUCGCUGCAGUCCACAGCGCCAUUCCUUCACAUUGGUGCUCUCACAACAGUCACAGCUCUUAGCUGGCUGGUCGCUGGUUAUGUGGUCCGCAGAGAAAGAUCCAAUUUCCAGAUGAUGGUGUUAAUCACCUACAUCAUCAUCCUCGUCGCCCUUUAUUUGGCUCCGCUCUCAUUCUCCUGCCCCUGUGUCAUGGACAGUCACAGCCUCAGACCUCGCCCAGACGUCAUUGGUCGACGGGGAGCGCCGAUGCUGGCCCCAGAAAACACCCUGGUGUCCUUCAACAGAGCCCUACAACACGGCGCCAGCUCCCUGGAGGCCGACGUCACUCUUAGGUCAUUUAUCUACCGUUUCUGACAUUUUCAUCCGGAC